AUGGAUUUGUACAGAGGGCUUAACCUCUAUCAACUCCUCGAGAAGGAGUAUCCGCCGAACUUUGAUUUAGGAAAUUAUUUGGGAUUGAUAAGCUUUGAAGCCGGCCAAUCCCGCACAAUCCCGGCAAGUACGACUUUCGAAAAUGCAAUUCCACCUUAUUCGCUCCUCAACACCAUUUACUUGUGCAAAAACGACAGAGUAUUUGAAUUUGGAUAUACCGAAUUCAAAGACGCAGAAUCGCUAAGACAAUAA